ACAACUUGAGAUGAGGCUUGUCAAACAUAACAAUUUACUUUUUAAAAUAUUGGUUUUCUCACAGGAAUUAGCAAAUCGCAUUUUGGUGGGAUUGACACGAUUUUAUGCACACUAGAGCUGAGAUCUUCACAGUUGUAGAAACACGUCUAAGUACAGUGUUAUGUUAAUGUCUUUUCAAGUCAUUUGCAGCUUCAAUGAGUUUGCUAAAGUUUUUACAAUAGAUGCCGUAAUAAAAAACAAUGUUUUUAUGUCAUUCAACCAUAUCAAGUCAUGAGGUAUUGUCCACGCAUAGACGUCAAUCGACGAAAAAGGACCUUCUUGACCUCACACUGAUCAAGACUGAUCAAUGCAACAGUUUGGAUCUUCUAAGUUCUGUUUACGGCGUGAUUCCCUUUACUCCAUAAACCCCUUCUUCAGAUAGUGAUGUGAUUGUAUUUGCUUACCCUGUGCAAUCRCUUGUAGUGCUUGAACGUUUUCAACGCUUACGAGAACCGUAGCAUAAAACAUGUUGCUAAAAAUCUUGUGUUUUUUGGUUCUUGUGGAAGCUGGUGUAUCUGCCGACGUGAACUCUACGAAUACUACUUGUAAAGGCCCAAUGACAUGUACUAAACCGAUAAGAGUUUCUUGGAGUGAAAGGAAGCCAUAUGUUUAUCAAGAAGGCAAUGAAACACGAGGAAUACUACCAGAUGCUUUGAGUCUUCUACUUGACAAAUGCUGUGGCAACAGAAACCAGUCUUGCUGGCAAAUAGAACAUAAUAAACCAGUACAAGAUGUUACUAAUAUAUUAUUCAGAGGAUCUGGUAAYGCGGUUAUACUGUACCCAGUCAUAGUAGAUCCACUAAAUCAUAAUAACAAYAUGAUCGGUAUUGUUCCACCAACCGAUAUCGCGUUUCUUGUACCAAGAGUCAAGGGACAAAGUUUUCCCAUGAAACUGCUGACCUCAGUGUUUGAUGCUUGGCCUGUGCUAAUUCUUACUUUUCUCUUGUCGAUUUUGGCGGGAAUCAUAUUAUGGGUUACGGAAAUACGAGUAAACCCUGAUGAAUUCCCGCGUACAUUUAUCAGAGGAUCAUGGGAAGGMUUUUGGUGGGCAUUUGUCUCCAUGACAACCGUCGGGUAUGGUGAUCGAUCACCGCGGUCUUUCUUGGGACGUGUGUUCGCAGUUUGUUGGAUUCUUAUUGGUAUUUGUAUUGUAUCAAUCUUUACUGCAACACUGACAACRUCCUUAACAACCAUCACCAUGGAUACCAAGAAAACUAUCACUGGAUCAAAGAUUGGUGUUCUAGAACGAUCGAUCGAGUUGUCAGUAGCAAUACAGCAUCAAAGUGACAUCAACGUUUUUUCUACAAUUGAAGAUAUAAAGAAAGCUUUAGAUGACAAUCACAUUGGAGGUGCUYUACUAGACAAGUACAUCAUUCACGACUACAAGAACCUCUUUCCUGAUGCACACUUUAAAAUAGACGAAGUUAUCUCUCAAGGAAAGAUCUCUUAUGGCGCUGUAAUUAAUGACACUCAGCUUAACGAGUGUUUCCAGCAAGUUCUCCGACACGAUCGUUUUAUAGUGUAYAAUUUCAUUAGAAAAUCAUUGAAAAAAACAAUGAAGUCACCAGGUGCGGACGUAGCUGUCAAAAACUCUCAAAGUAUCUUCGAUCCAACUGGCGAUCUGUUCUACCCGUCACUGUAUUCCUGUGUGAUUUUAGUAUUUAUUAUCGUGGUCAUUGGAAUCAUUGCGGAGAUUUUCUACCUGAGACCGAUGCAUUGCAUAGCGCAGAGAGCACAAUGCUACACCGUCAAUGCUGAUAUUGAAAUGUCAAACUUGAAUGUGAAAAAGCUGGAGAMGGACAUGAUUAACGAGAUCAAUGAAAUAGUCAAGAAAUACCAAGACAAAAUCAAAAARGCUGAACAACAACACAAUGGAAAGGAACACUGAUCGAAUUCAAACAAAUGAAAAGCYCAGAGUCGACUUUUGAAACAUUUGGAGAGUAAAGAUUUCGCUUAMAAUGGGUUCCGCCUGGAGUGGGCGACUCAAUCACACGGUGUUGUUUACUGGUCUUUACUUUUCACGUCCGGUUAAGUAAGGGCAACGAUGUGAACAUUUGAAAGWUUUUAUUAUCAAACACYUCAGCUCAGCUGCUGUUUCUUGGGAAUAUCAAUUUGACUCAAUAUCACUGUUAGUUUUUCAUA